AUGAAAUUGGAAAACAGCAGAUUAACAAUAGAAUAAGAACAAAAUGAAAGCAUCUAGAGAUUUUCUGAUGAUACAGAAAUAUUAAAAACCGGAUUAACAUUGUAAUAAGCAUAUGAAAGAAUAGGAGGCUUUACUUUUUUUCAUUAUUGGUCUUCUGCACUCUUUAUUUGGGGAUUUGCCACAGGAGGAAUCUUAUUUUUUGCUCUUGCAAUUUUAGAAAAAAAUCCUAGAUAUUUAUGCUACAAGGCGGAUGGAACUACUUAUGAAUGCUAAGCAGAUCAAACAUUUUGCAAGGAUCCCUCUAUAAAAUAUAUUAUUGACUGGGACUACGAAUCAAGUCUUCACAACUGGGUUCAAUCACUUGAUCUAACAUGCGAAAGUCCAGCUAAACUUGGAUUACUUGGAUCAAUCUAUUUUGUAGGUUGGGCUAUCGCUGCUAUUUUCCUACCCAGAUUAAGCGAUAUAUUUGGUAGGAAGUAUGUAUACUUCAUUUCAAUGCUUCUUCAUGCAAUAAUGUACCUAGGAAUGAUUAUAUCUCGUAAUUUGAAUUUAACAAUUGUACUAAUGGGAUUUUUUGGUUUUUUUUCUCUCGGGCGUACUUCAGUUGGCUAUCUUUAUAUGCAGGAGCUUACACCUACUAAGUAAUAGACUUUCAUUGGAACUUUUCUCUAAAUUGUUAAUGGGUCUAUAGCAAGCCUCAUUGCAAUAUAUUUCUUGUAUGUUUCGAAGCAUUGGCUAGGCUUUUAAAUAUUUGGCUGUGUAACUAACUUUCUAAUAGCUAUUUCAAUAAUCUACCUACCAGAGUCGCCUAAGUAACUUAUUAGUAAGAAAAGAUACGAAGAAGCGAGAGAUUCCUUGAGAAUUAUAGCUCGAUUUAACAGAUAUAAGGGUUAAAUUGAUUUUAAAUUCGAUAGAGAAGUAUUGGAUGAACUAUAAAACUAAACACGAAAUAAUGUUCUAUCUGGAAAUGAAUAAAGUUAUUAUGAUUAAGGAUUUUUAAGCUAAUCAAAUUCAGAAUCUAGGAAAGCUAGAAUUAUGAGAUAUGGCUAGCCAUUAAACGAUCCAUAAGCAGAGCCACUAUUAAGCAAGGUUGAUAUAAUAAGGGAGGAAUAACAAUUGAAUGGCACAUUGAAGGAUUUGAUAAAAAUACGUAGGCAUAUGAUAAAUUUGCUUAUAAUGAUAUGUGCUUGGAUAGGCACAUCUUUCAAUUACUAUCUUAUAAACUUUCAGCUCAAGUACAUUAAAGGAGAUUUCUUUGUCAAUGUUAUUACUGCCUCUAUAACAGAUAUGAUUGCUUGUUUCCUAAGUGGCAUUCUUUAUUAAACGCUUGGAAUAAGAGUUGUUCUGGUAUCAUGUUUUUUAAUUUCUCUCUCUGGUGGUUUUUUCCUGCUAAUUUUUUAAAAUUUCAUCAGUAUCAUUCCAGUUUUUAUUCUAUUGGCUCGAUUUGGAGUAAGUGCCUCCUUCAAUAUUUGCUACCUCGCAAACGCAACUAUUUUCCCAACAAUAUUUGCUGGCACUGCUUUUGGAAUUUGUAACACAUUUGCUAAGGUAGCUACAAUUAUCUCGCCUUUUCUGGCUGAGGUUGAGGCUCCGGUACCCAUGGCAGUAUUUUGCACUAUAACUGGAGUUGUAGCUGUACUUACAUAUUUUUUACAAACUGAACCCAAUACACAAAAAGGCGAGAUUAAAAUGUAAAAAAAUUCAUGA